AUGUUUGUGGGAUGUGUAUGGAGUGCUAAGGGAGUUCAUAAGAAUUUCCGAACUGCCAAAAAUCUUAACAAACCUACUGCUUCUGAAGUAUUGUCUUGCUAUUUGAACCAGUGCCAGAAACCUCCGUGGACAUCAUAUUUUGUUAAAUACAGUAGUAUUUAUGAUGACCAAUGGGGUCUUUCUCAUUUCAAUUGGCCUGUUGGCCAAAGAUUACCCUGUUUAGCAUAUGGUUUGGCUGCAACAAUCCUCAUUAAACAUGAAGAAAUUGUUGUAACACCUCAUGGCAGUGUCAGCAUUUAUUUCUUAUACAAAGAAGAUAAAGGUUCAUUGUAUUAGUUUCAAAUAAUUAUAAGUAGGAACUUUAUUUGAUGCCAAAGUGUAUUUUACUAUUUCAGUAUAAUGAAGUUAACUAUGGACAUUAAUUUAGAAUUUUUGCUCAAAACUUGCAUAAUAUUUCACACAAUUGUAUUGUAUAUUUUUUUAGAGAACAUAUUUACUACAGAAAAAUUUAAUCUGAUAUUUAUUUAAAAUAAUAAAUAGUGAAGGCAAUGAGACCUUAUCAUGUGUGGUUUUUCCAGCAUUUUUAAGCUUCUCACGUCUUCGUUAAUAACUAUCAGAUGUACCCUGUAUUGCCUGCUAUUUGUUCACCACAAUCUUCUUGCAGAGAGGAAAAGAAAUUGAUUAUAUUUAUAAUGUAUUCCUGCUCAGCUUUGCACUGCUCUGUCCCAUCAGUUUCUCACUCUUCCGUGUCUCACCUGACCUCGACCCUGCCAGUGUGCUAUGAUCACAGUUGUUUACCACCUUUGUUGCUAGGAGCAGCUGUAAACAGAUCCAUACUUGUGGCAAACUUUCAGUAACAAUUGUGACUUGAAAUUACUCAAAAUGCUACAGAAAUGCAUUAUAAAGCACUUAGAGAAUAUUUUACGAGCUUUAAGAAACAUUUAAUGUUCUUUGGUUCAUUUCUUC